GCCUUGGGCUCGGCAAAACUAGUUUCUAACUCUCGGAGUGAGAUACGCUUCAACGCUCGCCGCGCAUUCGAUUGUCAGCCAUAAUGGCAGAUUCAUCUGCAACGAUUUUCUGUUUCACCCGUUGACACCCAACAUCCGAGCAGAAUCCUCGAAAGUUGGAAAUCCCACAACCGUUUGGAAUACAUUUUGAUAAUUUCUCUCCCGGUUUUGUUUUUUGAUUUCUAUAUUUCAUGGGUGUGACUACAACCGGAAUUUAGAACAUCUGUAGUUGUGCUCUGUUUUGCAGAUUGCCUGAGUAGAAUCAGCUGUGUGCAUUUCAGAGCUUCCUCAGUGAUUCAUUCAGUGACUGAGUGUUCAUUUUCCAUCGUUCUGACGUGUGGAUUCAUUGCUUAUAUUAAAAGGUGCCUUUCUCGAAAUAUGAAUGGUGCUUUUAAGUGAAACGCCAACCGGACAGUACCUGACCAUGAAUCGAUACGAAAACAGCUGCCUGAGAUGUGGACAGACUGUCUACCAAGUGGACAAGGUGGGCCCUUUGAAGGACUUUACCUUCUUCCAUCAAGGGUGCUUCAAAUGCCUCGUUUGCGGGACCAAACUGACUCUCAGAACCUACUAUAACAACCAGCAGGACCAGGACGACAAGGAGGUCUAUUGUCAGAGCCAUAUGCCCAAAACGGGACCAGGCCAUUUGGAUGGAAUGUCUGUUGGUAUCAAAGCAGCUCUGAGUGUCCCCAAAACAAACCAUUUGGUGAACGAUCAGAUUCGAGGAUUCGGGAAAGGCACGUUUGAUGCUGAUGCCCUGGGGAUCAAGAGUGCCCUGUCUUCGCCCCGAACCCAUGAGCCGGACAUCAGGAACCGGGACCACAUGGCCGGAAGAUUCGAUGCCAGUGCCUUACAUAUCACUCAUGCUCUUAAUGCAACGAAGGUCCAGAGAGGUUAUCAGUAUGAAAGGAGAAUUGAUGAUUAUCUGGACAAAGAAACGCAGACGAAAUUGGAAAUGAGACAUCGUGCCGAGGAAGACGCCCUCUAUCGUCAAUUUGCGAAGAAGAGACAAGAAGAGGAAGUUCACAUCACAGAGCAAAUACAGGAAGAGUGGGAGAAGGAGUUAGAGAAACUGACAUCUAAAUUCAAUUACGAAAUCAAGAUGAAGAAGCGACGGAUCUCGUCCGAUGAAGAGAAAGCGCUCACUUUCAGACAUCAGAGAGAGCGAGAAGACUUGGAGAAGAAUAUGACCAUCAAACUAGACCGGAAGAAAGAAUCCCUGACCAGGAAACUUUUGGAGCAAGAGAGGGCCGCCACGGCUGACCUCGUCGAGAAGCACUCCAAAGAAAUGUUGAGCUUGAUCAACGAAAAGAGAACAGAAUUCGUAAGAAGUCAAAACAUGAAUGAUAGAGAAGAAUAUCUGAGUGAAGAUCUGGUGCCUUAUCCGACCCACCCGCCUCCCCCAAGUCCACCCCUCAUUUCUAAAAUAGAGAUCUACAGCGACCCGAGUGUCUUCGCUGAACUCGAUCAAAUUGCUAUCAGUGUAGCUCAAAAUGACCAACAGACUUUCACCGAUUUGGUGCGGCAGCUGAUCGGCAGCUGCAUAACAGAUGUGGAGAAAGCGAGAGCCAUUUUUCGCUGGAUAACGGUCAAGAAUCUCAACACCAUGACAUUCGACGACAAUGUGAAUGCAGACACGCCCAUGGGAAUUCUGAGGGGAAUCAAGCACGGCACCGAAAGCUAUCACGUGCUCUUCAAGAGAUUGUGCAGCUACGCUGGUCUCCACUGCGUUGUGAUAAAAGGCUACUCGAAAAGCGCCGGCUAUCAGCCUGGUGUGAAAUUCGAAGACAGUCGCUUUAGAAACUCUUGGAACGCUGUCUACGUGGCCGGAGCUUGGAGAUUCGUCCAGUGCAACUGGGGUGCCAGGCAUCUCGUGAACGCUAAGGAAGUCCCUAAACCGGGCAGCAGAGGGAAGUCCGACAGUCUACGCUAUGAAUAUGACGAUCACUACUUCUUGACCGAUCCAAAAGAAUUUAUUUAUGAAUUUUUUCCAUUGCAACAGGAAUGGCAACUGCUUAAAGUCCCUAUUACUUUGCUGGAAUUUGAAGAACUGCCUUUUGUCCGAUCUCUUUUCUUCAGGUACGGCUUGUACUUCCCAGACGAAGAAACAAAAGCAGUGCUGAACACCGACAGCACCGGAGCAGCCACCGUGCGCAUUUCGAUGCCGUCCCGUAUGUCCUCCAGCCUCAUAUUCCAUUACAACCUCAAGUUUUACGAUACAGACGUGGACACGUACGAAGCCGUCAGCUUGAAAAGAUUCGUCAUGCAGUCUGUGGUUGGGAAUGUCGUUGCCUUCAGAGUCCACGCUCCGUCCAGUGGGUCAUUGCUUCUGGACAUCUUUGCGAACGCCGUCACUCCUCGAGAAUACCUCACCGGCGAACCGAUGAAAUUCAAAAGCGUCUGCAAAUUCAAGAUAGUUUGCGAAGAUCUGCAGACAGUGAUGGUUCCAUUGCCUGAUUGCGCCAGCGGGGAGUGGGGGCCCAUGAAAGCAACAAGACUGUUUGGACUCGUUCCCAUCACCCACGAAGAUGCACUGAUCUUCUCACCGAGGGAAUUGGAAAUCCAGUUUAGAAUGUCCAGACCUCUUACUGACUUCAUGGCAACGCUGCACAAGAAUGGCGUCGAAGAGAAGCGGCUGUCCAAAAAUGCCACUCAGUCCGUGGAAGGAGACUUGGUGACCUUCUACUUGAAGUUCAUUGAAGAUGGCCAAUACGGCAUGGAUAUUUAUACGCGAGAAAUGAAUGGUGAAUUGGAAAAUGGUGAUAAGCACCUCCUGACUCAUUGCUGUAAAUACCUUAUCAAUGUUUAUUCUAACAAACCAUUUCAAGAAUUUCACUAGAACUUUGACAUAUUGAAUUUAUAUAUCACGAAACGAAGAAAAUAUAUUCUUCAUUGUUACUUUUACAGCAAUCAAAAUAUGCUCAUCAACAUGACAUAACCAAAAUGCGCGUCCGUUUCGUCUGUUCGUGGCGUCGCGCAGGCAUCAUAUGAAGAGAAGUGCUGUCAUCCAUAAAUCGUGGCAUUUGACUAAUAUCGAUAUUCACUAUUCUUGUUCAAGAUGUUGAUAUUUAAAUUGCACAUCUGAAAUGUGUAUAGCUGCACUAAAAUCCCAUCUAUUGGAUUAAUCUAUAUUAAAUGCUGUUUUGCGUCCUUGUUUAUUUAUAUGCAUUUAACCUUAAAACUAUGUUUAUAAACUUUGAGAUCAAUUCUGAUAUAUAUUUAUUUAUAAUUACUAAGAAGUUAUAGUUUUAAUAUUACAGACAGAAAACAUUAUGUUGGGUUUUUGUAAGGUAAGUUACAAGGACUGAUACCCAUAACUUGAAAUGUGAAUGUUUCAAUAAUUAUCUGUCAUAGCAUAUUUACGACAGUAAAAACACGAUUAAUGAAAAAUAAGUUUCUUAAAGAGAUUGAAAACAGCUGGAAUUCAGAGCAUAGUACUGACGUCAAGCUAGAAUUUUUGUUUCCAGUGACAUUUUGUCACAUUUGACAUUAGAUUUAGCACGUUUAAGACUUAUCUAUUGGCAAUGGGAGGAUACCUUGUUUUGAAAUCUACUAUUUCAUAUGCAGCUGAUAUCCCACUAGGCAUUUGCUAAGGUUGCUGGGCUAAAGGGCCCAUAGCCAGUCAGUUAAAAAAAAAUUUUUAAUGUAGUUGCCAAAUAAAUAAAAUUGUAAAAGUUACAAAUUCUAUGAAUUAUGAAGUAAUAAUGUAUUGUUUGUCAGUAUUUAAAUCUUUACUAAAUAAAUCAAAGUUAAGUUAUUAAAAAUUUCUAAUGUAUUGGAAUGUUAAUUAUUCAUUUAAUAGACUGUGUUUUAUUCCAUUUAACGGAUUCAUGUCAAUGAAUGUUUAUUUUAUAUUUUGUUUGUUUGAAGUUUAUUAUUUUCCUAUAAUCUAUGAAAUACUCAAAUGCUUUCAUUUAUAAAUAGAGAAAUAAUUUUAGCAGAUAAUUUAAUUUUCUAUGAAUUUUAUUAUUUUAACCAUUUGGCCCAUAAAAUACUUAUUAAAAAUUAAUAAAAACGUAUGAAUUUCCACAUAGCUAUUAAAAAGUUUAAAUAAAAUGAUUAUUUGUUGACUGUGUAGAAAAAGGAACUGAAAUAUAAAACCAAUUGGGCCAGUUAAUGAAAGGGGAGCUUCAUAAUGGGUGUUGCAUCUUUCUUGACAUGCGCCGUGAGUCAGCUUUUGAGCAGCAUUCCAUUCCUAUUGCACUCAGGAAGAGCAUUCAAACUGCUAGAAUAAGGAGAGCUUUUAUAAUUAAUAACUUAUUUAGAUGUUAUUUCAAUAAACUGAUGCAGACAGAUUUUUUUAAAUAUUUUUUAGCGUCAACUGAAGAAAUGUCAACGUAACAACUAUCAUAAUCUAAAAAAAGAUUUAUAUAUUUUUUUAUUAUAUCUUAUAGUGAUUCACAAAUAAAAAAAUCAUCAUUUUGCAAAUAUUUUGAAUUCGGUAACAUAA